CAUGCCUCCACCAACAGCACCCAAUGCCUCCUCGUCGGCGGCGACAAUUUCUCUCAAUGAUGCUAUCAUAACUAAGCUCAAGCCUGCCAAAAUCUUCAAAGGAGCCGUCGAACCAACUCCGCAACCUCCGUCUGGGGGCUCACCCAGAGGUCACACAGGUCCGAGACAUAUUACAGCGCUCAGCUUUGACGACCGGGGGGACCAAGUCGUAACGGCAUCCGAGGACGAAACGUUUAGGCUUUAUAACUGUAAAACUGGCAAGCAUCUCAAGACACUUUAUUCCAAGAAAUAUGGCGUCGACCUCCCGAGGUUUACGCACAAGAACACGACGAUAGUACACACUUCAACCAAGGAGGACGACACAAUUCGAUACCACUCUCUUCACGACAACAAAUACCUGCAGUACUUCAAGGGACACAAGGGACGCGUCGUCUCUCUAGAGGUCUCGCCUGUUGAUGAUGGUUUCAUGUCCGGCUCCCUUGACAAGACCGUGCGUCUCUGGGACCUUCGUUCACCCCAGUGCCGCGGCCUACUCAACCUACCGUCGUCUCCAAUUGUUGCGUACGACGCGACGGGGGUCGUUUUUGCCGUCGGUGUGAACCACUACUCGCGCAUCCUGCUUUACGACCAAGCCAACUUCGACAAAGCGCCUUUCCUCACCAUUGUACUCUCAGAUCCUACGCUGAGCAUGAUCAGCUACCCUCCACGUCCAAUCUACAUGACUUCGCUGUCGUUUUCCUCGAACGGAAAAUACCUACUCGUUGGAUGCUCUGGGGACGCGCACUACGUGCUCGACGCGUUUGAAGGGCAUCUACUCGCUAAACUUGAAGGACAUGUUGGUCUCGAACGUCGACGCAUCGAUGUACAACCCGGCAUUGACCCUAUCAAGGGGAGUAGUGGUGAAGAAGUGUCAUGGACUCCCGACAGCAAGUACGUAGUGGGCGGGAGUUUGGAUGGUCGCAUAUGCGUUUGGGAUAUGCAGAAACUUCCGGAGCGUAUGGGUCCGAUUGACCACCAAAUUCCUCCUGUUCGCAUACAGCCAACCACGACUCUCGAUGGGCACCCAGGCCCUUCUCGAUGUGUUAAGUUCAACCCCAGGCUAGCAAUGAUAUGCACGGCUGGUGCCGAAUUGGCGUUUUGGCUUCCGGACCAAUCAGGAGAUCCAGAAGAGAUUGCGAAAGAUCUCUUGAAGAAGAAGUGAAAAUACUUCCCGUGUUGAUUUGUAUCUCAGCAAUAUCAGACAUGUAUGAACUUGCUCGUUCGUUUCCGGAAUAAUUCAUCCCAACUGCUUCCUAAGCAUUGAUUGCAGAGCGUAACAGUAGCUAGACAGCACAGCAAUCGUAUACAACUAAUCUACAUGAAAAUGCGAAUAUUAACCAUCAAGGCGAGUGAUCCACAUUGCGCUGUCUCCUCAAUCUCCCGAAUUAAAGACAGUCCAUUCAGUUAUUAAGUCAACGUAGCGAGCGAAAUCUGGUUCUUUGAUUGGUCGACAGAGAAGUACGCGUUCUUCAAGAACACAUCACCAACCAACCAUUCGUUAGCACCACCGACGCUUCCAGGUUGGAUUCCUGCAGUGCAAUCGCCGGUAGGGUUAUUGAUGUCCACAGGGAGGACGGCCAUGUCCUGAGGCUCAAUGCUGAACGCCGUGUUGCCGAAGGUAAGAGCAAGACUGGCAUUGGCCGUGCAAGGGAUGGUGCAUUGCUGCUGGUCACAUUGUCCACCAAGCAUCUGCAUAACGGUCGCUGCGUCCUGAGCAGGGGCGAGGAUGAGGGUGGUGCCGGUGUCGAGGAUAGCAGUACGCCCCUGCAGGCCAGCGCUUUGACCUCCGACAGAGAAAUCAUCAACUGCACCCUCCCAGAAACCUUGUUGGUUGACAUUGUCGAAGGUUGUCAGGGUGUUCUGGUCGAACUUGGUAGUAUCGAGAGCGCCGAAGGUGAUCUCGCCAUCAUUGAGCUGGUCUGACAGACGAGAAAUCUUGAAGGAAGCGAUAGGAGCCGAGAUGAGCCCCGCCGUGGCGAGGGACUCGACAGGAGUGGGGACUCCCUGUUCCGACAACGU